UAUUUCCCACUUCCGUCUUGUCCAUUUCGUCAUCGAACCUCUUAGUUUCGUGAGUACUCCGUGUUAACUCCAAUGACUUUUUUAAAUAAUAUAAGUAAAAAUGGAUAACAGAAAUAAUAUGUUACAAUUAUGUAGACUGUGUUUAGUUAAGGACGAUGUUAAUAUUCCAAUUUUUGAGGAACAUGGUGAUAUUAGGCAAAUUUUCCUGAAAAUUAGUUCGUGUCUACCGGUUAAGGUAUCACGAGAAGAUAAAUUGCCUAAAAAAAUAUGUGAUGGAUGUUCCUUUAAGUUAGAUACCCUAUAUGAGUUUUGUAAUACAAGUGCAAACGCGGAAAAACAAUUGUUAACAUGGUUAGGUGAAGCGGGCAUGAAUUCACAGAUGGUAGAUGGUACCAUAACGGCGGUAACACAACAAAUCAAACCUACAGACACAUUCGUAAAGGAAGAAACAAUUGAGCCUCCUGACAUUCAUAAUGAGGACGAUGAUGAUAAGGACUACAUGUUCCAGCAAAAGUUUGAGGAGUCUGCAUCAGCUGGGCCCUCUGCGACUGUAACCUCAAAUGAGGAAGAGGAACCUCCUCCUAAAAGAGCUCGUAGAACAGCUGCUGUAAAAGCUGCAAUCGCCUUGGACCAUGACAGUGAUGAUGAUGAUGACGAUUCAGGAGAACCAAUGACCAAGGUAGAAGAUGAAAGUGAAGAAAGUGAAGGUGAAGAUCAAGAACCUUCAUUUGCAGAUGCUCCAUCAACAAGUGCUGAUGACCAACCUGGCCCAUCUGGUGUGGGAAAGGAUGGAGUUGAAGCACCGAUGAAAAAUCGUGGAUUUUCUAAGAAGAUACUUGACAAAAACUGGACGCUACGUGAAUGUAAAGUUAUUUUAACUGAUGUUAAAUACGACAAAUCUGUGACAUGCUAUGAAGGGCAGUAUAGCAUUAACGAUGAGCGCAAGAAGUUUCAUACAUGUUACAUUUGCAUGGCUAAAUUUCUCAGUCUCUCUGAUUUAGACAUUCAUAAGAAUUUACACAGCUAUAGUGAUGCAGAGGAUGACCUAUUUGAAGAAGAUUUCAUCGUCAACUCCGAAAAAAGUGCUAACAAGGCUUCGUGGAAUGCUACUUCCCCCGAAGAGAAAGUAAAGAAUCUGGAUGAUUCAUCAAAAGAUUCUAAUAUAGUUUUUAGUUCACUUAAACCGAAAGUAACAUUACAAAAUAAUGAAGAUAAAAAUUCUACCACUCAAACUGAUAAAGUCAAACCACCAUUCAAAUGUGUUGUGUGUGAUGUAUUUUUUGAAACUUCAGAUGAAGCUAAGAAACAUGUACCAAAGGCCUCUAAAGAGAAAUGCAAAUUUUCAUGUCAUUUGUGUAAUCGAAAAUUCAAUACUUUGUAUGCUUUUGUUGUCCACGUGAUGCAGCAUAAAACUAAUGUAGUUAAAAACCAGUUGACUUCUAGGUCAACAUAUGUCUGUACUAUUUGCGAGAAACAUUUCAACGACUGUUUUCAGUUGAAGAGACAUGAAAUAACGACUCACAAAAAGAAAACAAUUAGUCAGUUAACCCCACAACAAACAAGUUCUGAGGUCUUGGCCAAUACAAUUGCUUCACCCAAAAAUCCGGAAACGACUAUUGAGAGCAACGAACAAAUUGAAACAGAAUUCACUUGUGAACUAUGCUAUGAUAUAUUUCCAACCAAAGAGGAACUCGAUAGUCAUACUGAUUUUCACAGACAAAUAGAAAGAAUCUCGGAGCCAGUAAUUCCAGAUGAUACAGAAGCAACUGUUGAAAUUAUUGAGGAUUUUCGCGACAAACAUGAAAUUGUCACAACGAUACAAAAAGCUAAGACAAAUUCAUACGCACCCAAAACGAAUACUGUGGAAUUAACAUACGACAAAUUUUCUUUGGCACCGAAUCCUCCGUUAUCUACAUUACCAAAACAAAAUUUAACCGCAAAAAUAAAAGAAAUGAUCGCUCCCAAAUCCUCAAAAACUGACGUCAAGCAAAAAUCUUCAAAGACAAUAUUUUUACCAAAUAUUCAACCACCAAAUAAAGCGAAACCUGGUCCAAAAGCGAAACCUCUACCGAAAGCGAAACCUGGACCAAAACCAAAACUUGGAUCAAAACUGAAACCAAAACCUCAAUUGAAGCUACAAAGAACAAGUCCUACGAGUUUCUCAGUGUCGUACACGGAGCCACAGAUACCUUCUACUAGUCAGUCUAUGUCCAGUGGCUUGCCUCCCUUACUCCCGAAACCUUUUUUGCAAACGAAGUCGAAGGCUGAAGACCAGGACGCCAAAGAUAGUGGAAAUGAGAAAAAUGUUUCAAGUCCUCAUACUACUGAAAGUUCUCGGAUCGAACUUGAAACAACUCAGGUACAGAAUCAAUCUCUUUUCAAUUCUACUCCUGAACUCUUAAUGAGUGGUGUUUCGAAUCCAGGUUUAUCAUAUAUCCUGAAUCCCACUCCAUCUGUUCCCGUAUUCAACACAAGCCAAUUUGGUUCAAGUACUGCAGUUUCUCUGUCAAACGAUAUAUCUUCUAUAACGGCUCCUACAACACAAUACGCAUAUGUUGUUAUACCCAACAGUAUGUCUCCCAGUUCUAGGUCUAUUUCAACGAGUGUUAACAGUAUUAUUCCCGCUGUAAAAGAAGCACUCAGAAACCAAUUUUCCAGUAAACCUCCUGAUCCUAACUCGGUUCAACCUAUUGUGCAAUCAAGUGAUGAACUGACUGGUGGGAUCACAAUGCCUGUAAUAUAUAACGUGAUGAGCUUAAACGAAUCCACGAAAGUUGGAACCAUUGCCGAAAGUGGGGCUAAAUCUGCCACAAGCUUACCUCAGGUUGACACUGGUCUCUCAUCAGUCGUAGCAGAUAACACCGUCAGUUCUAAAAUGUCUUCUGUUCGCUCUUCCAUUAUGGCACCAACCACACCAGGUGAAAUCAUUUGUCUAGAUAGCGAAAGUGAUACAGAAGACACUACCAAUAAACCAGUCGAGUCCACUGCUCAGAAUGACUCUGACGAGGGAGGGGAUUUGGUGAUCGAUGAUAGUGCAAAUCAAAGUGGUGCUGAGUCUCCUGAAACUAAAAAGGAUAGUCAAGCUCAGAUUGGUGCUGAUGACAAUUCAAAGGACGCGGAUGGAAAUGAUACAAAAAGAGGAAAUGGAAAGGGAGGUAAACCGGUGAAGGAGAAGAGAUGGACGUUUCCUGCUAAAUGCGACACUUGUAACGCGAAGUUCCAGAGGUUCAGAUCAAUGAGACUGCAUAACGAAAGGAAGGUCUGCUGUCGAAAUUGCGCAUUCAAGUGUUGUCGAACCAUGGAACUCAAAAACCAUUAUCUUACAGAACAUAAAAUAUUCUACUGUUGGAGAUGUAACUUUUUGACACAAAUCCAGGAAGAGUUUAUGGAACAUCGAAAAAAUCAUACUUGUUUGAAAUGUGGCGGUGUUUACGUUGAAAUGAAAAAUCACAUUUGCAAAAAAGUGAUGAAACAAAAUCGAGAAAAACGGUCUGAUUCGCCGAUCACAUUAUCAGAAUGAAAUAUAAGCAUUAAAUUACUUGUAAUUUACCUUAAUGUAUUUUUAUGUGGACGUCCUGAUUUCAUUAAUUUUUUUGGAAUGUGAAAUGUGAUAGAAGCUGGCUAGAGCGUCAUUGAAAUGAAAAUAUUAUAGUUAAUGUAUAUAUAAAUAAUUACAGACCCUUUUUUAAUUGUAUUUUAUGAGUGAAAUUAUAUUCCCAUUUGAU